AGCGAACGAUGAUGCGUCCCUACCCGAAAUUCCAUGGGACUGACGCGGAGCUCUCCAGUGUGCGGGGCAACGUAGGCGUGCUGGGCAGCCGGGUGGGUGUGCUGGGAACCCCGCCUCAGCUGCACCUCCCGGACCUCUCCCAUCUGCUUUGAACUCCGAGACCCAUCUUCUUCAACAUCCGGACUAAACGGCGCCGUUACUUCUAUUGACAAUUAAUAGAUACGAAACUCCCCUUACCUGUGACGCCAAGGUACAGCUAAAAUGGAAGAAUCACGGGAGGCUAGUCACGCCGGCUCUUGGUAUAAAGGUAACCCAAAGGAGCUCAACAGGGAACUCGAGGACUUCUUGGACCGAGUUCCUGCAACUUUAGACGGCGCAGAGCUUCCGAUCAACAAUGCUAGAGUGAUAAUUGCCCCCCACGCUGGGUACUCUUACUCUGGGCCUUGCGCGGCCUGGGCUUACAAGACCCUCGAUCUGAGAUCGGCGAAACGGGUCUUCGUCCUUGGACCUUCCCACACCUACUACCUUCGCGGAUGCGCUCUCACGACGUUCGACAAGUACGAAACUCCCUUCGGGGACCUCGUUGUGGACGACGCCACAACGUCCGAGCUGCGGCAGACCGGCCUGUUCGCCGACAUGCCACCCCGCGGCGAAGUGGACGAGCAUUCCCUUGAGAUGCAUAUGCCGUACCUGUGGAAGAGAAUCGAACAGACCUUUGGUAACACGGAUCACCCGCGCAUUAUUCCCAUACUCGUUGGCAACCUUUCCGAGGAGGAGGAGAAGUUUUGGGGCCAGCUCUUCUCGAAGUACCUGAAAGAUCCCGAAAGUGCCUGGAUUAUUUCGUCUGAUUUCUGUCAUUGGGGCCCUCGCUUUAGCUACCGGCCGAAAUUUCGCGACGGAGUGAUUUGCGACUUGGACAAGAACCACGGUGUCUUGCGAGCCACUCCAGAUUGGAGCCAGGCGGCCGAGGAUCCCGAACGUCCGGCGAUCCACGAGGUCAUCAAGGCGUUGGACCAGAUGGCCAUGGAUGCGGUCGAGUCUGGUUCGCACAGCGAGUUCUCCAAGGUUAUCCGACAGACCCAAAAUACCGUCUGUGGGCGACAUCCCAUCGGUGUCAUGCUAGCCGCCCUGGAAGUGGUCGCGAAAGAGGAAGAACUGGCGGAGAAGAACGGCAAGUUCAGUUUUGUCCAGUACCAGAGGAGCAACUUGGUAAGGAAGGAGGGGGAUUCUAGUGUGAGCUAUGCAUCGGCCUACGCGGUCGUCUAAUGUGCCCGACGGGAGAGGCACGCCCGAUGUGGCGAUCGCAUUGACAGCGAGGACUGAGAACCGCAUGUAUUCAUAUUUUCGGCGGGAGAGAAACGAAAGACUUUUGCCGGCCCGUGGUCUCCAGAAAGGCUCCGGUUUCGUCAGAGGUGAACCAGGCCUGGGACACGAUACAUUGUUACAGAUUCGUGACGGUGGCCUCGGGCUGGAAUUACCGACUCGAGCUGAAAACUGGGGCGGAUUUUGGGAUUCGGGAAGCACACCCAAUCCUACCAAUCCUGGACAAAGCGGUGGAAAGCUUAACUCCCGAGGCCCUGCACGUCAUCGGAGACCCUUUUGUUCGGCAUUUUUAGACGUAUCCGGCAAGGAGACACAAAGUAAGAAAAAGAGCUCUAAUUUAGACUGUUUUUUGCCGCCA